AUGAAUCUUGGGAUGAGGUUGCAAAGAAAUAUAUUUAUUGAGAUUCAACCAAUUGUUAGAGGUAAUGUUUCAUAUUUGGUUUGUUUGAAAUACCACAGUAGUACACUUUUAUCAAACAAGUUAAUUUUAACAUUCUUUUGCUAUACUGGUAUGGGCUCUUUAACAAUUCAAAAACUUGAAGAUUUAUUUUGGAAAACAAUUGAAAAACAUAAAGUAUCCGUCGCAUUCACUGGUCCACACACUUUCCAAAUACCCGUGAAUUUACAUUCAACCUAUAAUUUAUCAAGUGGUGUACCUUCAAUUUUCAUUAAACCAUCAAUACUUUCACCAGAGUUGGUAAAUGAGAAUGAAAUUGGUGGAUUUUCAUUUAAAUUACCAAUACCAUCAAGUUUUGCAAUUUCAUUUUAUAAAAAUAAUGAAAAAUAA